AUGAACAAGACAGAGUUGGUUAUUGUGAUCACUCUAAGCCCUGCUCCUGCCCCGUCCCAACGAGCAGCCCUCCAGCUCCCACUGGCCAACGAUGGCGGUAGCCGUUCACCAUCUUCUGAGAGUUCCCCGCAGCAACCCACGCCCCCUGCCCGGCCCCGUCACAUGCUGGGGCUCCCAUCCACCUUGUUCAUACCCCGAAGCAUGGAGAGUAUCGAGAUUGACCAGAAGCUGCAGGAGAUCAUGAAGCAGACAGGCUACCUGACUAUUGGGGGCCAGCGCUACCAGGCAGAAAUCAAUGACCUGGAGAAUUUGGGGGAGAUGGGCAGUGGCACUUGUGGCCAGGUAUGGAAGAUGCGCUUCCGGAAGACAGGCCACGUUAUUGCUGUCAAGCAAAUGCGACGCUCGGGGAACAAGGAAGAGAAUAAGCGGAUCCUCAUGGACCUGGAUGUGGUACUCAAGAGUCAUGACUGCCCCUACAUCGUGCAGUGCUUCGGGACCUUCAUCACCAAUACGGAUGUCUUCAUUGCCAUGGAGCUCAUGGGCACCUGUGCGGAGAAGCUGAAGAAGCGGAUGCAGGGUCCCAUCCCUGAGCGGAUCCUGGGCAAGAUGACGGUAGCGAUUGUGAAGGCACUCUACUACCUGAAGGAGAAGCAUGGUGUGAUCCACCGGGACGUCAAACCCUCCAACAUCCUGCUGGAUGAGCGGGGCCAGAUCAAGCUCUGCGACUUCGGCAUCAGUGGCCGCCUUGUCGACUCCAAGGCCAAAACACGGAGCGCUGGCUGCGCUGCCUACAUGGCACCUGAGCGCAUUGACCCCCCGGACCCCACAAAGCCAGACUAUGACAUCCGGGCUGACGUGUGGAGCCUGGGUAUCUCUCUGGUGGAACUGGCAACAGGACAGUUUCCCUACAAGAACUGUAAGACGGACUUCGAGGUCCUCACCAAGGUCCUGCAGGAAGAGCCCCCGCUCCUGCCCAGUCACAUGGGCUUCUCGGGGGACUUUCAGUCAUUCGUCAAAGACUGCCUUACUAAAGAUCACAGGAAGAGACCAAAGUAUAAUAAGCUACUUGAACACAGCUUCAUUAAGCGUUACGAGACGCUGGAGGUGGACGUGGCGUCCUGGUUCAAGGAUGUCAUGGCGAAGACCGAGUCACCGAGGACUAGUGGAGUCGUAAGCCAACACCACCUGCCCUUCUUCAGCAGCCCCCAGGGGGCGCCCCUGCACCGGGCCAGCGUUCAGCAACCCCUACUGCUCCGGAGCCUGCCUCUCACUUCCAGUGCCCCCACCUCCCAGCCCACCCCCGAGAGCCUCGCCUAGCGAUCCGCAGCCCUGAAGACCCCAGUGAGGCAGGGUGGCCUGGGUCGCCCCUUCAAGGGAUGGCGCGCCCCCAGCAGAGUCCAGGGACGCACCCGCCAGACUUAUGUCGGAGCAG